AUGUCAACAAUUCCAGAUCUCUCCAAACCAAAUCAAGCUACUCUUAAGCCCAUCAUCUUCAUUGAUGAGAUAGCCAAAGAACCAAUUACGGCCUACUCGAACGAGUCUGCUCUUAUGCAGCACGUUCCACUUACAGGAGGUUUUGUAAAGUCAUUGGACCCUGAAAAUUUCCCAUUUGAUGCUGUCAUUGAAGAGGGAGGCGAUGAUAUCACAUUGAGAGAAGGAAUUCCCAACAUUGGCCAUCUCGAUUGUAACUUAUACUUGAGGUUCAAGGAUGAUCCCACCAAAAGAGCCUACAUCAACUACUCCGGAAUCGUUCACUUGGACGGCACCUCGGGUGAAAUCAUUGGUAAAAAGAAAACUGGCAUGAGUUUCCAGGAAGGUUAUGUUACCUGCCAUCCUCAAUUCUACGUCAGUGAGGACUGUAAGGCCGAAAGAUGGGUCGACCGCAAGAAUUUUUUGGGCAAGGGAAGAUUUUUGAGAGAUGAUAACGGCGUGUUAAAAGUUCAGUACUGGUUGUACAUCUUGGAGUAG